AUGAAUUCUCUCCUCGCUUCUUCAUUACGCGCCUUACCACACACUUGUACAACUGAAAAUUUCAAUCUUGUUCUCACAUCCAGAAAACAACGCCAUUUUCUAUUCAUCUCCUCUAAAUUCAGAACACCCAACUUCAUUAGUUGUUCCACUUCCUCUAAUGGAUCCAACAGUACCCCUCCAGGCGAAACUUUUUUUCAAAACAGUAGCUUUCACACUGAACUCUCAAACCCUCGACUCGGUUCCCUCAAUUUUCAGGUCCCCAAGUUUAGCUUCAGCGAUCAAGCUUUCUUUCUCCUCGCAUUCAUCGCCUGCACGACUUCAGUGGCAUUCACUGGCCUUGUUUGUGCAGCUGUUCCCACUUUACUUGCGAUGAGAAAAGCUGCAUUAUCGCUUUCAAAGCUAGCUGAUACAACCAAUGAGGAACUCCCAAGCACCAUGACUUCCAUUAGGCUUUCGGUGAUGGAAAUGAAUGAUCUGACACUAGAACUAAGUGAACUAAGCCAGGAAAUAACAGAAGGAGUCAACAAGUCAGCUCAAGCUUUACAAGCAGCAAAAACUGGAAUUCAACAUAUUGGUUCAGUGGCACAACAACAAACUUUGUCCAUGAUUGAAGAGAGAGCGAAUUUGCCCGAAAUAUCUCUGGGAGAUGUGGUUGCUGGCGCUGCAAGAAAGACUACAAGAGCAGUUGGUCGAGCCACAAAGAGCUUGUUAAACAUAACUUCUGGAAGAGAAAACACAGGCGAAUAUGAUGAUGAUGAUGAUGAUUUAACCUGCAUGUGA